AUGGUAAUUGGAGCAGUGGUGGCCCUGUGGGCUGCGACUCUCGCGGCGGCAGAUGAAAAUUGCCUCUUGCAAACUUUUCCGCCCACCCAGGAGUUGCAAGUGGAGGAAUCAACUAUGGCAGAUCUUGUAUUAGACCAACCGAUCGCGUGUCCUGAGGGCUUUGCGGAUUUCAGCUACAACUGGACGGGCGUGGCCGGAUUUCCCAAUGGCGGCCCCUUGAGCAACGGCCAGGAGAUUGGGCCCAACAUUGAAUUGGUGGGUUUCAAUGAGACAAUGGGCGGCCCCUGCAUCGGCGCGGCCAUUUGGAACAUCACCAACAACGACCCUGCCUCUCCAGGGGCUGACACAGAUUUGCAGACUUGUCCGAACAAUAAUGUGGCUUCGGCGCCUUUUUGCAACAUCCUGGUGGUACAGCAAGACGGCAGCGCAGCUGGCAAAGUGAACGAUUGCAAUCCGGGCGGUGGUUUCGCACAGAUCAAUCUGCAAUUCACGGUUCCGAUCACUCUGAUUGCCCUCAACUUCUGGGACAUCGAACAGAACGACGACUUGCAAAUCUUUUGGAACAGUGAUGGGACGCCAGGCAAUGCCUUUGCUCCUGGCACUGGUGGUGUGGAUGGAACGGGUUCCGAGUUGUUUCUCAACAAGGAGAAGGUCACCACGUGGUCCUUGAGAUUCACAGCUUCUGGUGGUGUGAACGGCGUGAGGUAUUGCGGAACGACCACCACAACGACACCAGGAGGUGACGUGACUGGCGAUCCACACAUCAGGACUUUGGAUGGAAAUCACUACCUGCUGCUGAACCAGGGCACUUUCUCGCUGUGGCGCUUCUCUGGACAGGCGAAUGUGGAUUGGCAGAUCUAUACCCGCUACAGUGGCCACCAAUCCUUUACCAAGGGCCUGCUGUUGGUGGAUCAGUCAGCAAAGCGCUUCCGCCGAGCCCUAGAGAUCACUGCCAAGGAUUGCAAGUGGCGGACAAGAACCGAGGGCAACGAAUGGGAAGUGGUACAGCACCCUGAACUUUUCAGUGGGGAGGGCACGGCAUUGAACCUCACUAGGCAUCACCUGAGGUUUUUCAUGAACAACAAACACGACGAGAACGAUGGGCAUGACGGACAGCGCGAGGUUGCCGUGCUCAGUUUCAGGUGCCGGCCAACUCACUACAUGAACCUGGCCAUCAAAAUGCGCCGCGCGGAAGACGUGAAGUUCGUGGAGGGUGAGUUGAGAUCCUUGGUGUUUCUUCCUUUCAGAAGGGGAUGUUUGGAUGGCUGCCACUUUUUGCCAGAUCUCUUCGUGGGAUUAGAACAUUGA